AUGGGAGAAAACAGAGAAUUAAUGGAAGCUCAAGCCCAUGUCUGGAAUCAUACUUUCAAGUAUAUCAACUCCAUGUCUCUAAGAUGCAUUGUCCAAUUAGGCAUACCAGACAUCAUCCACAGCCAUGGCCAACCCAUGAGUCUUUCUAGCUUAGUGAAAGAACUCCAUAUUCAACCCUCCAAAGCUCAAUGCCUUGGCCGUCUUAUGCGUCUCCUCGUUCAUUCUGGCUUCUUUGCUGAAACUCAUUCUGGCUUCUUCUCUCUCACCACACCCUCUCGCCUUCUCCUCCGCCAAAACCAUAACGCAUUUGACACCACGCCCUUGUUGCUUCUACUUAUCAGUCCAGUCUUCAUGGCUCCGUGGGAAACUAUGAGCAACUGGCUAUGUAGUGAUGAUAAAGACCAUAAUUCCACUGCCUUCGAAAUGGCAAACGGGAAUACAAUAUGGGAUUAUAUUGCACAACAACCUUCUGGUUUUGGCAAUCUAUUCCAUCAAACGCUGAUCCAUGAUUCUCAGUUAAUUGGGAAAGUGGUGACGAGCGAAUGCCGAGGGAUGUUUGAAGGGGUGACGUCGUUGGUGGAUGUUGGCGGAGGUGGAGGCGCUAUGGCUAAGGCUAUUGUGGAGGCAUUCCCACACAUCUCUUGCAUUGUGUUUGAUCUCCCACAAGUUGUUGCUAACCAAGAGCCUCAACAAGCCAAAAAAAACCUCAACUUCAUUGGAGGAGAUAUGUUUGAAAAAAUUCCACAAGCAAAUGCACUCCUGUUGAAGUUCGUUCUACAUGACUGGAGUGAUGAAGAGAGCAUUCAAAUAUUGAAGAAUUGUAAGGCUGCAAUUCCAAGUAGAGCUGAGGGGGGUAAGGUAAUAAUUAUAGAGAUAGUACUGGAAGAACAGAGAGACAAGGAGUCGGUAGAAACUCAACUCUGUUUGGACGUGUACAUGAUGACCACUUUCACUGGCAGAGAACGGAAUGAGAGAGAAUGGAAGAGUCUUUUCCUAGCAGCUGGUUUUAGUGAUUACAACAUAAUUCCUGUGCUGGGUUUAAGGUCUAUCAUUGAAGUGUACUAAUCCCUUUCCAUCCAACUCUCAUCCUUUACAAUAUCCCAUCGCCUUCCAAAUCCUAUAAAUAUAUGCUCAGACCCCUGUUUACCUAUAAUAUAUUGUGAAAUAAUUGUACUCAAAACAUGAAAUAAUCAUAUGGUACAAAUCUAUUGUAACAAAAUUAUUUUUAACUAUGCUAUUUGGAGAUGUUACAUGUUAUAUGUUAGAACAUGGGGAAAAUUACAGAAUAGAACAACGCAAAACAAUGUAAAAAUCAACGUUAGAUACGGAAAAAAAAAAAAAAA